AACUCGAAGCCAACUGUAACUCCAAAACAGAAAGUCACAAAUUAUUCCACGAAACCAAAUCCUCUCUCCCUGUCUCUCGCGCUCGAUGGGGGUGCAAUCUUCCAUCAAGAGCCAAAUUCCUAAUUCUCAGCAGAAGCCUUAGUUUAGCGCACAUAAACCCUAGAUUCCGGGAAUUUAUUAUCCUACUUGAGAAUCGAACGACCGAACCAACAAGAACAAGAACAAAAACGGCGACGAAGAUGUUCUCAUGGAACAUCGCCAAGUCGGCGGCGGAGGCGAUUAUCUCGCGGUGGGCGGUGAAGAGACUGUGCAAGUUCCUGUUGAAGAAGAAAUUGGGGAAAUUUAUUUUGGGCGACGUUGAUCUUGACCAGCUUGAAGUGCAGCUCAUUGAUGGCACGAUCCAGCUCAAUGAUCUUGCUCUUAAUGUUGAUUAUAUCAACAAGAAGCUUGGCUCGGCAGCGUCAGUGAUUAUAAAAGAAGGAUCAAUUGGCUCACUUGUAGUUAACAUGCCUUGGAAGGGUAAAGGUUGUCAAGUUGAGGUGGAUGAGCUUGAGCUUAUAGUUGCUCCUUGUCCAGGAGUGGAUUCUACAGCCGGGGAUGAAACCUGUUCCAGUCAAGAUGAUAAACAGUAUAUGCACUGUACCUCAGGAAAGUUUGGGCAUGAGAUGGCUGACAAUAUGGCAAAGUCUGCUUUGAGUGAUGUUCAUGAAGGCGUUAAGACAAUUGCAAAGAUAGUAAAAUGGUUUCUUACAAGUUUCAACGUAAAGAUAAAUAAGCUGAUUAUCGCAUUUGAUCCAUAUUUGGAAAAGGAUGACAAGGAGGUGGAGUGUGAAAGAAUGUUGGUGCUUCGGAUAAUGGAAAUAGAAUGUGGAACUGGCGUGUCUGAAGAUGAUGAGUCCAAGUUGGGGAGCUUCCUUGGAAUAAGUCAAUUGACAAACUUUCUAAAAUUUCGAGGAGCAAUAAUUGAACUUCUCCAUAUGGACAAAGUCAAUGAUCAAACAUGCUGUUCAUGUGCAUCAGGAGCAACGUUUGGCAGCCUAUUUUUAUGUUCCUGCUCAUCAAAUAUUGCGACUUCUGUUUUGAUUGGUGAAAAAGGUGGAUUUUCAGGCAGUCUAAGGUUAAGUAUACCUUGGAAGAAUGGUUCCUUAGACAUUCGCAAAGUGGAUGCAGAUAUAUAUGUUGAUCCUAUAGAGUUACGAUUUCAACCCAGCACAAUCAAGUGGUUUUUGCUUUCAUGGGAAAUUUAUAGAAGUUUGGGGAAAGGUGCUAGGGGUCCCAACCAUACAACAUUGAUAGAGUCAGAUUUCUUAAAUGGGGAUUCUCAUGUUUCAUCUACCCUGAUUUCUUCUGCAAUUAUUCCUGAUAAUAUGAUCCCGAUUCGUGGUAGUGUUCCUUCCAAUUUUUCCUGUGUGGCUCAGAAACAAACAUCUUUCGAAGACAUGCUACCUGGGUCACAUUUUAUACAUGACUGGGUUCCAUUUCCUGCCAGUGAAAGCGAGAAAGACAGCAUUGGUGGAGAACUUGAUCUUGCGGCGAGCGUGGACCAGUUUUUUGAAUGUUUUGAUGGACUAACAAAUUCACAAUCAGCUCUAGGAGGCAGUGGGAUGUGGAACUGGACAUGUUCUGUUUUCAGUGCAAUAACUGCAGCGUCAAGCCUCGCUUCUGGAUCUUUGCAUAUUCCCUCAGAUCAGCAGCAUGUGCAAACCAAUCUUAAAGCUACUUUUGCUGGGCUUUGUAUAACGCUUUUAUUUGAUGAUGAGGAUCAUAAGCUUCUGUGCGACAAGAAGGGUAAUCAGAUGAAUAAUUGUCCCAAUCUUCAUUACAUGGGUGCAGAAUGCAGGGACAUUCAUGUUGGUUUGCAGGUAUGUCCUCAAGAAAUGAGAGUUGAAGGCACAAUCAAAUGUAUUGAGGUGUCUGAUUACUUAUGCAAUAAAAAUGAUGUCACAAAAUCUUCCUUGGACGGGUGUGUUCAUGAUUUCCAAUCUCAAACUCAUUUAAUUCAAAAUUUGCAAGCUAAAGUUCAAGGUUCUCUCCCUCCGGUUGUCUUGUUUGCUGAAGAUUCUAGUUCAGAAAAAUUGAGUGGACUAGUAGCUGCAGAUUUUCCGUUUGGUAAUAAGGGGGGCAUCACCAAAGUUAUGUUGCUUAAAACUUCAGGCUUUACUCAUUACCGGUUUAAUAUGAAUUUAAAUCCAUCUGAUGGAAAUUUAAGAUGCCCUGCUACGUUUUCCUUGGAACUACCACCAUUCAUUUUCUGGGUGAACUUCUGGUUGAUCAAUGCACUCUUGAAUCUUCUGAAGGAAGUGGCAAAAUGUGUUGAUGUGAAAGAUGAAAAUAACAAAUUUCCUGUUGAGCCAUCUGGUGAGAAGCACAGAUCAACUCAGGACACUGAGAAAGGAGGUCCUUGUCCUGGUGUGAAAGCUUCGUCCUCCAUUGAAAGUCUGCGAGGUGAAAUAUCACUUCUAAAUUCAAGAAUAAUACUAUGUUUCCCUUUUGAGAGCCCUAAUCAUCUUGCUAGUUACUCGUCUUGGGAUCAGUAUAUUGCUUUGGAUUUCCGUUCUCUGUCAACCGUGAAGAAGGGCACGAUUGAAGACAAUAGUUCAAUUUCUGGUGCAAUAUCACAAAAAAAGUUUACUCCGAGGGCAACACAAUCUUUGCAUCUGAUCAUCAGUAGUCUUGAUGUUUACUUGGUCACAUCUGCAUGUAGUGGCAAUGCUGGAAUUGAUUCAUGUGAUGUGGGAAGCUUGAAAUUCUGUGCUGAGCACGUGAUAUCCACCACCAGCAGAGCAGGCUCUUUUUCUGUCAUUAGCAUGCUUUGGCGGGACAGUCCCAUCACUGGGCCUUGGAUAGUCGAGAGAGCUAAGUCAUUGGCCACCUCAGAUGAAUGCAUCUCAACAGAAAAAUUCAUGGGAAAGGGUUACGAGUUUGCCACUGUAACGCCUGUUAAAGAUAUGGAAGGAAAACAUGCUCAAAUCCGUAACGAGAUUGUAUCCAGCUCUGCAUUUCUUCUGCAUAUACACCUAUUUUCAAUGAGAAUCAAUCUUGGUGCUGCUCAGUAUAAUGGUUUAAAUCGUCUUUUAGAUCAGAUGGUAAAUGCAUCAAAAUGCUUUGCCUGUGAUUCAACCAGUACUAACACAGAAAUAUCGGUGUCUCAAACUGCGAUCCUUGUUGAAUGUGAUUCUGUAGAAAUUACAAUUAGACCAGAUAUAAAGAAGAAUGUGAAAAGUUCUCUUCAGAAUGAGCUGCCUGGAUCUUGGCAUCAUCUGAAACUGAAAAUUCAGAAGUUAAGUCUACUGUCUGUCACAAAUAUUGGAGCUAUUAGGGGUGCCACUUUCUUUUGGCUAGCCCAUGGAAAAGGUAAUUUGUGGGGUUCCAUCACUGAGGUUCCAGAUCAAGAGUUUCUUCUGAUCUCUUGUAGCAACUCUACAAUGAAACGUGGUGAUGGGGGAGGUUCAAAUGCAUUAUCUUCUAGUUUGGCUGGUUCUGAUAUUUUACACCUGUGGGAGCCGGAGAACUGCAAUAUCUUCACAUCUGUAACUGUGAGAUGUGUUUUGUUUGUAGCCGUAGGUGGUCGAUUGGACUGGUUCUAUUCAAUAUCGUCAUUUUUCAUUUUGCCGUCUCCUGAAGUUGAAGAUUCUGAUGGCAAUAGUUCACAAAAGUGUGAAUCAAGUGCACAUAAUGAGUCAUCUUUUGUUCUAAAGUUGGUUGAUGUUGGAUUAAGUUAUGAGCCCUACUUGAAGAAGUUGGUAAUCAGGGGUGAUCUGAGUUCUUCAUCUUUUAAAGAAGAAAUGGAUGAUCCUGUUGGUUGUUUGUUGGCUGCAUCAUUGUUGACUAUUUCAAACACAACUUUCAGUGAUUCAAUAAACAAUGAUUAUAUGGUUAGAGUGCAGGAUCUUGGGCUUCUAAUUGGUGCAAUGUCAGAGUCUACUAAUAUUGAUGGCAAUUACAGUAUGGGACAUCUUCGCAGGAUUGGUUACAUUAGAGUUGCUCGGGAGGCACUUAUUGAAGUAAUUUUUAGAACCAACUCUAAGAAUGGCCUUCUGUGGGAGAUUGAGUGUUCAAAAUCUCAUAUUUAUUUGGAAACCUGUCAUGACACAACCUCUGGUCUCCUUUGCUUGGUUGCUCAACUCCAACAGCUUUUUGCCCCUGAUGUGGAGGAAUCCCUUGUGCACUUGCAGAGUCGGUGGAAUAAUUUUCAGCAGGUAGAGGAGACUAAUGAGUAUAAUGAUGAAAGCAGAAUUCUUAAUAGAGAUGUUGCGCCCUCAGUAUCACUAAUGCAUACUUCAACUGUAGAUUUUGAGGGGAGAUCUGGAGUGUGUGGCUUAAUGGAUGAGAUUUGUGAAAAUGCCUUUCAUUUUGAUCAUGUAAAUGAGAGCUGCGAUAUUGAUUUUUCUGAAUCACAAGGUCGUGCUUCACUUGAUGAAAAUCUACUUGGUGAGGCUUGCAGCUUAACUGGAACUCCUGAGAUUUCCUGUGAUGGUCUAUCCUUCAAUGAAUCAAUGCCUCUAAUAGGGCUGGAAAGUAAUGGAGCCUCAUUUCUAGAAGAAGGAUACAUUCCAGAAGUGAUGGAAGGCUAUUGUCUUUCCGAGCUACGCUCUCUAUCAGAAUUAUCUGUAGGGAGACAAUCGUUUCCGGAGGUUCUUAUAUGCAGAUCUAGGAGCUUAGGGGAUGGAGAUGCUGGCAUACGAAAUGGUGGAUGGUAUGGGGAUUCCUCCUUAAAAAUUGUUGAAAACCACAUAUCAGACACGAAUGGGGAAGCCAGGUUGAAAGAUUUUUUGGACGAUAAGUAUCGACCCGAUGACUGCACAAAACAUGCUGAUUCUAAAGAGGCCACAGGACGUGUACUUUUCAACAAUGUUAAUGUCAUAUGGAGAAUGUAUGCUGGCUCUGACUGGCAUGAAUCUAGAAAGAACAAGGGGAGCUCUGUCCAUCUUCAUGGAAGAGAUACUACUGCUUGUCUAGAGCUUACUUUAUCUGGAAUGCGGAUUCAGUAUGACACUUUCCCAGGUGGCGGAACAUGUGUAUCCAAGCUUUCUCUUUCCGUCCAAGAUUUCUACCUUUCUGACAUGAGCAAAGCUGCGCCUUGGAAACUGGUAUUAGGAUAUUAUAAUUCAAAAGAUCAUCCUAGGGAGUCCUCUUCAAAAGCAUUCAAGCUAGAGUUGGAAGCUGUCAGACCAGACCCUAUAAUACCACUCGAGGAGUAUCGAUUAUGUAUCGCAUUCUUACCUUUGCUAUUACAUCUUCAUCAAAGCCAACUUGAUUUCCUCAUCAACUUUUUUGCAAAAAGCUCGUCGUUUGACCAGUCUUUAGACAGUCAUCAAGAUGCUGGUGGUUCAAAAAUAUCUGCAACUAGUGGAGGGCAUGCCAUCCCAGAUGAGGCAUUGCUUCCUUUUUUUCAGAAGUUCGACAUAUACCCUAUUCUUGUUCGGGUAGACUACAGACCAAGCCAUGUUGAUCUAGCUGCAUUAAGAGGCGGGAAGUAUGUGGAACUUGUAAACCUUAUUCCCUGGAAGGGGAUUGAAUUACAACUCAAACACGUUCAUGCUGUUGGCUUAUAUGGCUGGGGCAGCAUAUGUGAAACAAUUAUAGGGGAUUGGUUGGAAGAUAUUUCUCAAAAUCAGGUACAUAAAGUAUUGCAAGGCAUUCCUACCGUCCGUUCCUUGGUUGCUGUUGGUGCUGGUGCUUCAAAGUUGGUUUCUUUGCCAGUUGAGAACUACAGAAAGGAUCGUAGAGUACUGAAGGGUAUGCAAAGAGGUACAAUUGCAUUUUUAAGAAGUAUUUCUCUUGAAGCUGUUGGACUUGGGGUACAUCUGGCAGCCGGUGCUCAUGAGAUUCUGCUUCUAGCAGAAUGUAUUCUUACCAGCAUUCCUCCUUCUGUAUCAUGGCCUGCACAAGAUAAAAGAAAGACAAACGUAAGAUGUAAUCAGCCGAAGAAUGCCCAACAGGGAAUCCACCUGGCUUAUGAGAGCCUCAAUGAUGGACUGGAGAAAUCUGCUUCUGCUUUAGUUCGAACUCCCUUGAAAAGGUACCAGCGUGGGGCCAGUGCAGGAUCUGCUUUCGCAACUGCUGUUCGUGGGGUUCCUGCUGCUGCUAUAGCUCCAGCUUCUGCUUGUGCUAGUGCAGUACGUUAUGCUCUUCUUGGCCUUAGAAAUAGUCUGGAUCCUGAGCAUAAGAAAGAGUCAUUGGAGAAAUAUUUGGGUCCCAGUCAUCUGCGCGAAUAGAAUGAACACUGAUAAUUUUAAGAGGAUUGUAACCAAAAAAAGCUGACGGACUGACUGAAGAAUUCAUUUCCUUCCCUCCUGAUUUUUGCCUCACCCACCUAAAGGGAGGACAAGUUUGGGGACGUCCUUAGCCGUUGCAAAGCCUGUGUAUUAUAAUGUACAGUUGAUGGUUCCAAAGAUUCUUUUCCCGUCUUGAUCAAGACAAGACAAGACGGUAAAUUUUGUACAGAAUGUCCAUUCAAAAAACAUUUUGUACAGAAUGUAAAUAGUUAAUGGUGCUGGCAAGCUUUAAUAUGCAUAUAGACGCCUACAUUUUGUAAGUAUAUCUAAUUAGUUGGCUCAGUGACCUGGAAAGAAUGUUAUGCUCAUUCUUUUAUUAGUUUAUAGCUUUGGCUGAUGUAAAUGGUUUGUUGUACAUAGCAUAGCUCAUUGUGCCAUAUUUUGAUAAGCAUUUAUUGAUUUUGAUACCUUGUAUGUAUAUAUAGCUGGAUCUGCUUAUAUUGUUGCAAUGAUUGUAAAUUGUCUUUCUGGUGAUUUGGUGAGUGGUUAUAUGAUAUCUAUCCAACAUUUUGUGCUUUA